GAAGUAGGAAAAAAUGGUCAUAAAGGCUAAAGAGUAGAGGAAGAGGAAGGAAAACAAAUGAAAAUUCCACUUACCUACCUUCCAAUCCAAGAAGGCAGCCGUCCUAGUCAAGAAAUCCCAUAUUUAUCUCUUUCUCUACAAAAACAUGAGAAAUACAGAUACUACUUCUACUUCUACUUCGCCGUCUCUCUCUCUCUCUCUCUAAAGCUUCACACAGUUUUCCCUAACCUUUUUCUCAAAUAAGCACUGCAAUAAUAAACAAAGAAACUUAUACGUAGCCCUCCGCUUCCAGACAAAGAAACAGAGAGACUCGUCCAUUCAUACAACACCAAAUAGCCCAUUAUUACAGUGAAGAGUGAGACUAGACGAGAUAAAAGCAUUCAUUGUCGGCCAUUAAAGCUUCAGCCAAGAGUUUUUUUGCCGAGACUGCUGCACAAAGUCUCGACUCUGCAAUCUUUUUCAAUAAAAUAAUACUGAGAAGAUCCGUUUUGGAUUCAUUGCACUUUACGUUCCCGGCUUCAAAAGCCGCAAAAUGAGCUAGAGAGUUUUUUUUUCUUCUUAGAACUCUUUUCUUUUAAAAAGAAAAGAAAAAAAAAAUCUUGACCUUUGGAUCCACUGUAUCCCCACCAUUUGUGAGAAAAAAAGCCGAACUGGGUUUGUUUUGUUUUCGUCUUUGGUUCAUGAAUUCCACUGUUUUCAGUUUGUCAUCACUAGGAGGAGUCUGUUGGAACUGGUGGACUUGCUGCUUUUAUUAUCUCUUUUUUGAUGACUGAUUAUUGGCUUUAGGAGUUUUGAUCAAGCCGAGGGCUAUUAAAAUGUCAAGGAAUUUCAAUUCAAGGAGCAUUUUAGGAUUGGGUUUUGUCCUAUUUGUGUUUGUUACUACUCUACUUGUUUGUACUUCAGAGGGUUUGAAUUUGGAGGGGAAGUACCUCCUAGAGCUGAAAAAUAGUCUUCGUGAUGAAUUUAACUUUUUGGGAAAUUGGAAUUCGAAUGAUCAAACACCAUGUGCAUGGAUUGGUGUGAAUUGCACUUUUGAUAAUGACCCAGUUGUUUGGUCGCUUGACUUGAGUUCAAUGAAUCUUUCUGGAAUCUUGAGCCCUAGCAUUGGCAGUUUGGUCCAUCUAAAUAAGCUUGAUCUUGGUUACAAUAGGUUCACCGGAGAUAUACCUCGGGAGAUUGGAAACUGUUCCAGCUUGGAAUAUAUCUAUUUGAAUAAUAAUCAGUUUGAUGGGCAUAUUCCUUCUGAGUUAGGGAAGCUGCCUUAUUUAAGAAGUUUGAAUGUAUGCAACAAUAAAAUCUCAGGUUCUAUUCCGGAGGAGCUCGGAAACUUGUCUUUGUUGGUUGAGUUUGUGGCAUACACCAACAAUCUCACAGGUCCAUUGCCUAGUUCUAUUGGAAAUCUUAAGAGCUUAACUAGAUUUAGAGCUGGGCAAAAUGCUAUUUCUGGUAGCAUACCAGCUGAAAUAAGUAGAUGUGAGAAUUUAGAAUUACUUGGUCUUGCCCAAAAUAAAAUAGGAGGGGAAAUACCAAAGGGGAUUGGGAUGCUUGGGAAGUUGACAGAUCUGAUUCUCUGGGCUAACCAGCUUUCAGGAUCUAUCCCAAAGGAGCUUGGGAACUGUACGAGCCUUGAUACUCUUGCUUUGUAUGAGAAUGUUCUUGUGGGAUAUAUACCUAAGGAGAUUGGGAACCUCAAAGCUCUAAGGAAGUUGUACCUCUAUAGGAAUGGGUUGAAUGGAACAAUUCCAAGGGAGAUUGGGAAUCUUUCUCUGGCAUCAGAAAUUGAUUUCUCAGAGAACUAUUUGACAGGUGAAAUCCCCUCUGAGUUCAGUAAGAUAACAGGCCUUCACUUACUGUACCUUUUUGGGAACCAGCUUACAGGUGUUAUUCCAAAUGAGAUCAGUCACUUGAGGAACUUGACAAAGCUUGAUCUCUCAAUUAAUAACCUCACCGGUCCUAUUCCAUUUGGGUUUCAAUAUUUGGCUAAAAUGAUCCAACUACAGCUUUUUAGUAACUUUCUAACUGGAAGCAUUCCUCAGGGGCUUGGUCUUUACAGCCAACUUUGGGUGGUUGAUUUCUCAGACAACCGGCUGACUGGAACAAUACCUCCCCAUCUUUGUCGACAUUCUAACUUGAUUUUGUUGAAUCUGGAGUCUAAUAACCUGUAUGGAAAUAUCCCACCUGGAGUCAUGAACUGCCAAUCAUUGGUGCAACUUCGUCUGGUUGGAAACAGGCUUACUGGGAGCUUUCCAUCAGAGUUGUGCAGAUUAGUGAACCUUUCUGCUCUUGAAUUGGAUCAGAACAGUUUCGCUGGUCCAGUUCCUCCUUCAGUUGGAAACUGCCAAAAAUUACAAAGGCUUCACAUUGCUGAUAAUUACUUUACAGAGUUGCCUAAGGAAAUCGGAAAUCUCUCUCAGUUGGUGACUUUUAAUAUUUCAUCAAACUUGCUCACAGGACAGAUUCUGCCUGAAAUUUUUAACUGCAAGAUGCUUCAACGACUUGAUCUCAGCCAAAAUAGGUUUGUAGGUGCAUUACCAAAUGAACUUGGAACACUUUCACAGUUAGAGCUUCUCAUAUUUUCGGAAAAUAAAUUCUCCGGAAAUAUACCUUCGGCAUUGGGAAACCUCUCCCGUCUGACAGAGUUGCAGAUGGGUGGCAACCAAUUUUCUGGUGAAAUACCUCCUGAGUUGGGUUCCCUUUCAAGCCUGCAGAUUGCAUUGAAUCUUAGUAAUAAUGAUCUCACUGGGAGAAUACCACCAGAGCUUGGCAAUCUUUAUUUACUGGAAUUCCUCUUCCUCAAUAAUAAUCAAUUGAGUGGUGAAAUUCCUAGCACAUUUGAAAGUCUGUCUAGUUUAUUGGGGUGCAACCUCUCAUUCAAUAACCUUUCUGGACCUUUGCCUUAUAUACCACUGUUUCAGAACAUGGCCAUCAGCAGCUUUAUUGGGAACAAAGGACUUUGUGGUGGCCCUCUCAGUGAUUGCAGUGGAAAUUCAUCUUCUCCUUUUCCAUCUUUGGAAAGAAAUAAUGCUCCACGGAGUAAAAUCAUUACGGUUAUUGCAGCUGCUAUAGGUGGGAUUUCUCUCAUUCUAAUUGUAAUUAUUUUAUACUUCAUGAGACGCCCAGCUGAGACAGUUCCUUCCUUGCAAGAUAAUGAGAUUCCAUCUUCGGAUUCAGAUAUCUACUUUCCUCCAAAAGAGGGGUUUACUUUCCAAGAUCUGGUUGAGGCCACGGACAAUUUUCACGACAGCUAUGUGGUUGGAAGGGGAGCUUGUGGAACAGUUUAUAAAGCAGUUAUGCAUUCUGGACUGAUUGUAGCUGUUAAGAAGCUAGCAUCUAAUAGGGAGGGGGAUAGCAUUGAGAACAGUUUUCGGGCUGAGAUUUCAACUCUUGGGAAGAUUAGGCAUCGUAAUAUUGUGAAGCUAUUUGGUUUUUGUCAUCAUCAGGGUUCGAAUCUGCUACUCUAUGAGUACAUGGCUAGGGGCAGCUUGGGUGAAAUGCUGCAUGGGGCUUCUUCUAGUUUGGAAUGGCCAACUCGGUUCACAAUUGCUCUUGGAGCCGCUGAAGGUCUUGCUUAUUUACAUCAUGAUUGCAAACCAAGGAUUAUUCACCGUGAUAUAAAGUCCAACAAUAUUCUACUUGAUGACAGCUUUGAAGCUCAUGUUGGUGACUUUGGUUUGGCAAAAGUAAUUGACAUGCCUCAGUCUAAAUCAAUGUCAGCGGUUGCAGGAUCAUAUGGGUACAUUGCUCCUGAGUAUGCAUACACUAUGAAGGUUACAGAAAAAUGUGACAUAUAUAGCUACGGGGUUGUUCUGUUGGAGUUGCUGACUGGGAAAACUCCUGUACAGCCACUAGAUGAAGGGGGUGAUCUUGUCACAUGGGUGAGAAACUAUAUUCGGGACCAUUCAUUGACAUCUGGGAUACUUGACCCCAGAUUGAAUCUUGAAGAUAAAAUUACAGUUGAUCACAUGCUUACUGUCUUUAAAAUUGCUUUGAUGUGCACGAGUAUGUCCCCUUCGGAACGGCCAUCAAUGCGGGAAGUUGUGUUAAUGCUUAUUGAGUCUAAUGAAUGAGAAGGAAACUCUGCUAUCUCCAACUUAUGAUUUCUUCUGAAAGUUGAUGCCUUCUGUAAGUAAGUGACAGUUUUGAGUUUCUAUUAACUGAGAUGAUUUUUUGGUGCUGAUUCUUCGAAUUUAUCACAACUGCAAAAAUGAUAAUCUCUUGUACAUUUUAUUCCCAUUAGAAAUUGUCAUUACUGGACUUUUGUUUUUGUUAGUUUAAGGGGGUAAUUGGUGUCUAUCUUUAAUACUAUAUUUCCUUUUGUAAGAUACAUUACGAUCACCCUGGUGUACGGUUGCGGUACUAUUCUGUGUAUCUUAAACGUCAUCAAAUUAAUUACAUUUGUUGGAAGGUGAUUCUCUUUA